AUGGAGCCCAAUGGCAGCAGCCCCCGGCCGGGUAACACCAGCCACCCCGAGGAUCUCUUUGCCGGUCUGGAGCUGCUGCUGCACUUCAAGCCGCUCUUCAUCCCCCUCUACUGCCUCCUGGUGGCUGUGGCCUGCCUGGGCAACGCCUUCCUGGUGGGCUGCAUCACCGCCAACAAAAAGCUGCACAACGCCACCAACUUCUUCCUGGGCAACUUGUCGCUGGGCGACCUGCUGAUGUGCCUGACCUGCGUGCCCCUGACGGCCUCCUACGCCUUCGAGGGGCGGGGCUGGCUCUUCGGGCGCGCCAUGUGCCACGCCGUGGCCCUGCUGCAGGCCGCCACUGUCUACGUCUCGGUGCUCUCGCUGGCGGCCAUCGCCGUGGACCGCUACGUGGUGGUGGCCUACCCCAUGCGGCGGCGCAUCGCCCCGCGCUACUGCGGCCUGGUGGUGGCCGCCAUCUGGGCCCUGGCCCUGGCCCUGGCUGCCCCGCCCGCCUGGCACACCAGUUACGUGGAUCUGCGGCCCAUCGGACAUGACUUGAUCAUCUGUGAGGAGUUCUGGAAACAUAUGGAGAGGCAGCGGCUGGUCUACUCCUGCGCCAUGCUCCUCCUCUCCUACGUGGUGCCCCUCCUGGCCGUCACCAUCUCCUACUGCUCCAUCUCGGCCCACCUUCGCCGGAGGAGCCUGCCCGGCUCGGCCAACCUCAGCCAGGCCCGGUGGGACAAGACGAAGCGCAAGACCUUCCUGUUGCUGGUGGUUUCUGUCCUGGUCUUUGCCCUGUGCUGGCUGCCCCUGCAGGUCCUCAACCUCCUCCGGGACCUGGACCCCGAUUUCACCCUCCUGGAAAAGCGCUACAUUAACCUGGCCCAGGUCUCCUGCCAUCUGGUUGCCAUGAGCUCGGCCUGCUACAACCCCUUCAUCUACGCCUCGCUGCACCGCAAGUGCCGAGCCCACCUGCGCGGCUCCGUCCGGCACAGGCAGCGGCACAUCGGACAGUGCGCCCUCGCCAACACCUGCCUCAGCCUCCUGCCUGAUGCCCCGGGGCUGGGGCAGGACGAUCGAGCUGCCAGGGACAAUGCGGUCUAG